UGCUUGGCUAUUCCUUGCUUCCUUCUCAGAUCCGGGAGCUGGUUCCUGAGUCCCAGGCCUACAUGGAUCUCUUGGCCUUUGAACGCAAACUAGACCAGACCAUUAUGCGGAAGCGUGUGGACAUCCAGGAAGCGCUGAAGAGGCCCAUGAAGCAAAAGCGGAAACUGAGGCUUUACAUCUCCAACACAUUCAAUCCUGCAAAAUCUGAUGCUGACGACUCCGAUGGCAGCAUUGCCUCCUGGGAGCUGCGAGUGGAGGGGAAGCUCCUGGAUGACCUCAGCAAACAGAAGCGCAAGUUUUCGUCCUUUUUUAAGAGUUUGGUCAUUGAACUGGACAAAGAUCUCUACGGGCCUGACAACCACCUCGUGGAGUGGCACAGGACUCCCACGACCCAGGAGACGGAUGGCUUCCAGGUGAAGAGACCGGGGGACGUCAGCGUGCGGUGCACCCUACUGCUCAUGCUGGACUACCAGCCUCCACAGUUUAAACUGGACCCACGAUUAGCUCGUUUGCUGGGAAUACACACCCAGACCCGAUCCGCCAUCAUCCAGGCACUCUGGCAGUACAUCAAAACGAACAAGCUGCAGGACUCCCAUGACAAGGAAUACAUCAACUGCGACAAGUACUUCCAGCAG